GCGGGGACGACAGAGCAGGGGACCGGCUGCAUCCAGGUGCAGAGUCGCUGUGAGAUCUGGAUGUGAAGGGGAAGUGCUAAGGUCAUGACCGACUGGCCCAAUGUGACAGCGUCCAGCCACCAGGAGCUGGGCCCCAAAUCUGAGGAGCUGCCGAAGUCCAAAUGUGUCCUGGGCUUCAUCCCGGUCAUCUACUACAGCAUCCUGCUCUGUGUGGGAGUACCAGUGAACAUCCUCACGGCCGUGGCGUUGUCCAGACUCGCCUGCCGCACUAAGAAAGCUCUGUACUACUACCUCCUGGCGGUGACGGGCUCAGACAUUCUCUCCCAGCUCUUCAUCAUCUUUGUUGGCUUCUUGUUGGAGACGGCCGUCUUUCACCGCGAAGUCCCCGCGCUCCUGCUGCACUCCGUCAGCGCUGCAGAGUUCGCCGCCAACCACGCCUCCAUCUGGUCCACCGUGCCCCUCACCGUGGACCGCUACGUGGCGCUGUGCCACCCCUUGCUCCACCGCCAGAUCAGCUACCCGGCCCGAGCCAGGAAGAUCAUCGCGGCGGUGCUGGCGACGUCUUUGGUGUCGGGCGUGCCUUUCUUCUGGUGGUCGGACAUGUGGAGGAACAGCAACCCGCCCACGGCCCUGGACACCGUCCUCAUAUGGACACACGUGACUAUCAUCUACUUCCUGCCCUGCAGCAUCUUCCUGGUGUUGAACUCUUUGAUAAUCCGCACGCUGAGGGCGAGGAAGAGGCAGCAGCAAUGCUCGGAGGAGCGCGGCCCGAAGUCUGCGCCUCCUCGCCGACUUGGCAAAACCACGGCGAUGCUGCUCGCCAUCACGUCUGUGUUCUCCGUUCUGUGGGCGCCCAGGACUGUGGUGGUCAUCUACCACCUGUACGUGUCCUCGGUCCACAGAGACUGGCGCGUCCACCUGGCGUACGACCUCUCCAACAUGCUGGCCAUGCUCAACACGGCCGUCAACUUCUUCCUCUACUGCUUCGUGAGUAAGCCUUUCCGCGGCGCCGUGCGGGACGUCGUGCUGCUCAGGGGGGGCCCGCUGUAUCAUCACCGCUCUCUGCCUCACCCGCAGGCCCCAAACAACGCCUCCAUCUCCUCUCUGUACAGUGGGAACGCCAAGCGCUCGCAGCGGGACUCCACCCCCUUGUCACCUCGCAGGGCCAGGAAACCCUCGUGACCCCGCGACCUCCGCUCUUAAUCCAAAA